AUGGCUCCCCCGCGGCAGCGCACGACAGCUGUUCAGGAUGACUCUCGGUCUGAAGGCUCCAGUACGACUAGAGAGCAUAAAACGACUACGGCAAAGGGCCGCAAGGGUAAUACUUCGCUUGCAUCAACCUCUGUUUCAAGUCGAGAGGCCAAACACCUUCCCAAUAUCACCAGCGCCCCUGCUGGAGAUGAGCCGGACACUCAGCCAAAGUUGCAUUGGACCGAAAUGCCCCUCGAGAUGCUCCAUUCUUACCGACACGCCUACAAACUGCCUUGCCCCAGUGCUUUUAACAGCGAGUACUCUCGUCUCCUCCUUUCCAAAGGAAUUGGCCUCCGAUCACCGACAUCCAUCGCCGCCCAGAGAGCCCAUUUGUCUCAAUCCGACAAAGACCCCAAACCGAACGGGUCCAAUAGUACAAAGAAGACUCUGCACACCAGCACAGACCGCCGAAAUGGUACAGCAGCUAAAUAUUCAUCGAGUCAGCAAAAUCGCCAUGCAAUUGAUGAAAAGACCGCAUUGAACAACAUCUGCAGUCAGGAUCGCGUGAGCAAAAACCAACUUGCCCUGGCGGUGCGUAAACAUUUCAGCAGUGCCGGACUUGCGGAGCAAGAGGCAAUCGCUCGAUUUUUGUAUAAAGUUCGCGAAGAAGGAAGAGGCCGACACUUUCGUCUGAGAUUUCAGCCCUAG